AUGUGGCGCAUGCGUGCUGGCGCCGGCAGGCGCGGGAGCUGCUGCGGCGGGCAGAGCCGCCCGGGCCGGGCUCGCGGGGGCGGCGACGGCAGCGGCGCGGGCUGGCGAGGCCGGGCGGGCGGCAGCCGCCAGCAGCUGGAGGAGCGGUUCGCUGACCUAGCCGCCAGCCACCUGGAGGCCCUGCGCGCGCGGGACGAGCGGGACCGGCAGAACGCGCGGCUGCGCGAGGAGAACGCCCGGCUGCGGCUCGAGAACCGGCGGCUGAAGCGCGAGAACCGCAGCCUCUUCCGUCAGGCCUUGCGGCUCCCCGGCGAGGGCGCCGACGGGGCGCCCGCGGAGGCGUCCAGGGCGACCCCGGGCUCCGAGGAGGCCGGCACGAACCGCAGGGCUAGAGGCGGAGGCCCCGGGGACGAGCCGGGCAGCCCGCGGGCCCUGCGAGCCCGGCUGGAGAAGCUGGAGGCCAUGUACCGCCGCGCCCUGCUGCAGCUGCACCUGGAGCAGCGGGGGCCGCGUCCGCACGAAUCUGGCUCGGGGCUCCGAGCCGCGACCCCGGAGCCCCCAGAGCCCUGACUGUAGCCCGCGGACGCAGCCGGGAGGGGCGUGGCUUCGUGCGGCCCCUCCCACUCCGCGCGCCGCCCCUCCCACUCCGCGCGCGGCUCCCCAGCUAGCGCCCGCCCCCGCCCGCCCCUGGCACUUCCGGGGGCGCUUCGCGUGCUGCGCGCCGAGGCCGAGAAGGAUGCGGGCCCUGUGGAGGCCCCAAGUGGCCGGAGCACCUGCUUCCUGCGCCUGCUGGUUUCCGCGGAGGGAGGCCUUGCAACGGAGUUUUGAAACAGCGAGGAAGGGGUGCUGGUCCCCACCUCCUAAGGCUUGAACUUCUCUCGGUGUUGCGAGGACCUGUUGUAUUUUUUCCUCUGUUUCGGUUCUUUGGGGGAUGAAUAAUGCAUUUUGAGUUGGUUGGGUUUGUUGCUCAUUCUUCAGUCCCCUAAAGCCUUCACCUGUUAUCUCUUUGGUGGUCAGCAUUCUCAUUUUUUUUUAUACGUCGAUAUUCCUUGGAGAUCCUAUAUAAUACCACCUUUUUAUUGAAAAGGUAGUAUUUAUAACUUAGGAACUCGCAUCUGCCCCGGCUCUGGUCCUUAUACAUCUAAUAUAUUUGAUUGGUUUACCCCCGGGGAUGUUUUAAGUAUCUCCCCAUAAGAGAUCCUUUGAAUUGGUAAAUAAAUCUGGUGCAUUAAAAAUAAGCGAAAAACAUCCCACGACCAUUAUUUGAAGUGUGUUAAAUUUUUACACGUUCCCUUAAGAAAUGGACCUGUGUAUAUUUUGCGUAUUUUAAUAUCCGAAUUUCGUUAUGUUUUGUAAACUAUCAUUUUCGCUUUAUGUAACAGUGGUGGUUUUAAAUAAUCUAAAGUUUAGAAGCCUAAACAUUAUUUCGUUAUUUCUUUUUACAUUUUAGACUUGACAUUAGAACAUAGUAGCUGUGUACUUGCUUUGACUUAUGUUUAAGAAUUUUUAAGAAAUUAUGAAUUGUUUGUAUAUCAAAAGCCCCAAAACAAAGUGAUUUAAGUCUCAAUUGUGAUUUCAAUGGCAAAAAAAAAAAAUUGUGAUGUAAUUAAAAUUACUUUAUCGCAUUUUGUUAAUGGAUAACACUAAGCAGUGAAGAGAAUACCAUUGUACUUGAUAAAAAUCAUGGAUGUGAGAGAGUGGUUAAAUGACAGAAAACAUUCAAGAAAAAAAAUUGUGGGAAGAGUUUUUGUUAGAGCUAGAAAAAAAGUCGUGAGUUAGUUUUUAUUUGUGGCAUAUUCUGAAAGUUUCAAAUAUAUAGCAUAUAUUACGAAACAAGGUGCCAAGGAAAAUAGGUUUGCGAUUUUUCUAGUCCUGGGUUUUGAAAACCUCAGGACUUCUAACUUUUGUUUAAAGGUAGUUGAUAUAGUUGUGAAUAUUAAAAUCUUCCCCGAUGACUCAGAAAUAUGAGACUAAACUUGGUGAGAAUAGGUAGGUAUACGAAAAGUAUUUCUAUCGCCUUUACUUCACUUUCUCAUAGUGAAAGAAAGAAAACAUCUUUAGGAGGCAGUAGGAAUUGAAAAAUAGGAAGGAGUCAGAUUGGCCCUACUGCUACUUAACUGUAACUUUGGUUUAAUUUUAAAACUUUUGGUUUAAUUUUUUUUAAUUAAUCUCUCUCUGCCUUAGUUUGCUCGACAUUAAAAUGAAUGUAACAUCUACCUCAAAAUGUGAUAAUUUUAUUGAGAUGCUAUAUGCAAAAUGCCUGUUUCAAAUUGCCCCAGCAGAAAGAAUUACAAUCCAAAACGUGAAAGUCAUAAAUGCAUAUUUCACUGACUAUUUCCCUUGCUUUAUGUGUUUAGUUCUUGUAUGACUUUAGGAGUAUUGGCAGAGAUAUGUAUAUUUUGAAUGAAUUGACAUUUUUCACUCCUUAUAAGCAAAUAAGGGAAAUAAAGCCCUAUAUAAUAAAGGAAUAAUGCAAUAAAAUUUUCAGAAAUAUUUGCAAAUUGUGGCAAAGUUGGGAAUAUUCAGCAACCAAGCAAAAUAUUUAGUUUAUGUAGUUUUUAAACACCUUUUAUCUUAAAAUCAUGUGCAAUGUAAGUGUGGUAAAAAAAUUUUCUAAAGUAAUGAGACACACACACAAAUGAGGGCUAUUUUUGAGCAUAAUUCCUGAAAAGUGUUAAAAAUUCUGAAACCAAAAUACCCCGUAAGAUGGGUUAAGGCUAAUAGAAAUUUCAACUUUGUUGAAUUUCUCUGUUGAUAACGCAUAAAGCAUUAUGUAGUAAUGUAAAAGAUGUUUUGUUAUAUCAAAAUAAGUACCUCUUUCAGAAAUGGGUAAAGUGAUUUCAUAAAAGUUUGAGCUAGGAUCUAGUUUGAUCUAAAAUAAACCAAAGCUGCAGAUUAUCAUACCUUGUUACAAUGACAUUUUCAUAAUUACAUAUUUGCUGUGCGGUGAAAAGAGGGCUUAUAAU